UUUAUUUACAAGAUGGUGUGUGACAUCCAAAUGCAUAAGCACAAAUCACUGACAAUUCCCUAACAAAAUACAUCAUUCCUUGCAGAUUCUGUGGAGAACGAUGCUCUUGAUGGCGCUCCAUCUGAUCAGCCUGUUUGCUGUAUUUAGCAUCAGCAGCAGUUUUGCCACACCCCUGCCUUUACAGGUUUCACAGGAGGGAAGUGCAGAUGGGGAAGAUACUGGCAACUUGGUCCCUUCCCCUUCGCCAGCGGCCACCAGCCACCUUUCCUCUGAGUAUCAAACCACACCUGGUGGCCACACGCAUGUGGAUACUGUCUUCCUGAAUCAGGUUGUGGAAUUCCUGCAGAAGAACCUGCUCUUCAUUAUCGUUGGAUGCACUCUCAUCCUCGUUACAUUCUUUACUAUCUGCGGCCUGGUCUUCAUGAGCCACAGGCGGAAAGUCAAUGCCUACUACCCUUCUUCCUUUCCAUCAAAAAUGUAUGUGGACCAGAGGGACAAGACUGGGGGUGCUAAGCCCUUCAGUGAAGUGCCAGAGAAACCCCUUCAUGGCCAGGAAAGUGAGCCAGUGGACUCUUGUAAGCAGCUCCAGGCAGAGAUCAUGAGGGCUACCAAGAGCCUGCGGACACCAAACAAAUCCCUUGAUCUGCAAGAAGGAAACGACCCCAGUCAAAAAACAGCAAAGCACGGUCCUGAGGACAGCCCCAAAACAAGUGGCAGUAUCCUAGAAAAGGAGCUGCCACAUCAUCUUGAGCAGAAGGAGCUGUGUCAGCUCUCUGACAACCAAGCAGCUGUGAGCAGCAGCCCAAAGCCUCCUCUGAUCCCUCCAGAGCAGGCGUGUCCAGAGGAUGAUUCAGACCGGCCUCCAUCUGGCCCAGGUCUCUCAGCAGCCCCGCAGGACGACAGGUUCACAUCACAGCACAUUCACAGUGAUUCAGCAACACUUCAGCUGGUCACAGGGGAGAAAACUGCCUUCUGACUUACUAUUCUGAGCAAUCUGAAUCCACAAGAGGCAACCUGUCAAACCUUGCCAAAGUGUUCCACAAAUUCCCAAAGGCAAAUACAGCAAAUGAUUCUGCAUUUCAUACAAAAUUGUCAAUUUUGUGUGAUACAGUAUUUUUAUUUAAGAUGUGUGACUGGAGUGUCUGAAGCAUUGCAGUAAAUGUUAUACAUGUAGCAAAUCCAUAAUGCCUUAGACAAAGCCUGUAAAGUUACUCUGAGCAUAUCAUGACAAAGUGAGAUCAUUGUAUGUGCACCACUCAUAGUGUCAUCUUUACCAUCUGGCACAAAGACUACUUCUUAUUGUAUGUGAGGGUUUUUGAGUGCCUCGGAAAUUUGUUUGGCCAAAGAUAUGUUGUGGUCUAAAAAGCACCAACAAAGGACAACUGCAGUAAACUCCAUUGUAUGUUGUUGUCCCAAAGACUAAACGGUUUUGUGUACCUUUGUGUAAUACACUGAGCUUUCAUCUUUAACUACCAAGCUUUAAGCUGUGCAGAUCAAUAUUUCAGUUAUAGUACAGUUAAGUUGCUAAUGGCAGAUAUGAACAAAUAGUUAAAUUGGGUGUAAAUGGCCAAUAUUAAAGGUGUAAACUGACAAUAAAUGUAAAUAGUCUGUGACAGUAAAAUCAAUAUUUCAUUUUGGUUUACACACAAGAAAGUGCUGGAUUAGUAAAAUUGAGGGGGUAAUUAAAAUUAAAAUAAAUAUUCUAUCAGCAGAAAUACAGUAUUUUAAUUUACUGUGCAGAUUGUUCAAAGUAUUUCACUCAUUACAGAAAGUCAAAUAAAUCAAUCAGUCAAUAAAUAAAAUAUGAUUCAGGAUCGUUUUAUUUCAGGCAGAAAGCAUGCAGGAAGCAUUUCUAAAAUGUAACAACAAUCAAUCCAGUGGACCCUUUCAUGGUUUAAAACCACUUGUGCAUCUCAAAAGAGCAGUGCAGAGGGUGUGAACAGGAUACUGAGACAGCCUUCACUUUGAUCAAUAUUUCCACUGCAGCAAUUAAUAAA